CUUGCGCAUGCGUAAAAAUACCAAAACACCGAUUGUAAAAGUGUCGCCGCUUGUGGAUAAUGACAUAAAACAAUGAAUUUUCAAGCUUGCGGUGUGACCUCAGUGUGACAGCUCGGUGAGAGAAUGGACAACGUUACGGUGUCAGCCUCCGGAGGGUCAGAGGACAUGGAGGGGAUCUGUGUCAUGCCGGAUUUGAGUGCCAUCAAGACCGAGCAGUCGGUGGGUGCAAGCCCAGAUGACACAGGCACUCAAAAUGUGGCCAUGGGCAUCAAGUUCAUCCUGCCCAACCGCUUUGACAUGAAUGUUUGCUCGAGAUUUGUCAAGUCGCUCAACGAGGAGGACAGCAAGAACAUCCAGGACCAGGUCAACUCUGAUCUGGAGGUGGCCUCUGUUUUAUUUAAAGCUGAGUGCAACAUCCAGACUUCACCCUCUCCGGGGAUCCAGGUGCGCCAUGUUUACACGCCUUCCACCACCAAACAUUUCUCCCCCAUCAAACAGUCCACCACUCUCACCAACAAACACCGCGGGAACGAGGUUUCUUCCACACCUCUCUUGGUGCAUUCUUUGUCUAUCCACCAGCUUGCAGCCCAAGGUGAGAUGGUGUUUCUGGCCAGCAGGAUUGAACAAG